AUGCCGGCCUCUAGCUCUGAAAGGGAGGAAUCCACUGGGCGAAUUCCAGCCGAAGGAGAACGAGAGACCCAAAGCGCUCGUCCUGCCUACCAAACUCUUUCUCCUGAACAUGCCGAGGAGGAACCAGAAAUCAGGGGCUCCCCAGAGAAAAAUGCCCCAACUUCUAAAGCUUUGGCCGAGAAAGCCGCCGCAAAGAAACGGCCGGCCGGCACCAGUGAGGCUCCUCCCUCAAAAAAGGCCAAGGGCUUUACUCUAAGAAGAGGAAGACCACACGGCCGGUUCCCAAGGUCGUCAUCGAGCUACCGGCCAAGGAGGAGGCCAAAGAAGAGCCGGCUGAAGCCGACUCCCGGGCCCUCGUGGCCUAUACUGCCGGACACGGCUGUGGACGGUUCCGCCUUUUCUGGGCCUGUGGCCCAACUCGUAGGCCAGAUGCCGGCUGCGUAUAGGACGGCUUCCCGUUCCUCUGAUAAAGGGAAGGGUCCAGCUGUUGACGGCUCCCCUAGCCUCUCUGACGAUGAAUCUUCUCCAGCUUUUGGAAAGAUGUCUUCGUCCGAUCGUGAGAAGCUCAAGACGGAGCUGUUUAAGUGCUUUCCCGAACCUUAUAUCAAGGGGUUAAGGGGAGCAUCGUCUGGGCAUGUAGGUUACAUGUCUCAGCUUGCUGCCGAGCUUUUUGCUCGCAGCAUGAUAACAGAGGACUGGGCAAAGGAGCUCAGAAAAGAGAAUAAGAAGCUCGUCCACGAUGUGACGGCGGCUGCUGAUCAUGCCCAGUUUGCUAUGGCCCAGCAAGAGGUGCUGCAUCAGCAGACCAAGGUUGCAUUGGAAAAACGGUCUGCCGAGCUAGAGUCUCAGAUCAAAGUCUACCUUCUUCGGUUGACGGAGAUGCUGGACGAACGGGCUUCAUUGGAACGUGUCCUGACGGACGAGAGGAACUCAGUCAUGACGAUGGCUGCUGAUUUUUUCAAAGAGAACCUCGUCCUUAAGGUCAAGAACCAAGCCCUUCGUACUGAGGUGGCCGAGACCAUUGCUGGCGCCAAAGAGGCUAUGAACACCGUCAUAGAUACCUCAAAGGAAUGGGCAUUGCAAGCUUUUGGCAUGAUGGCCGAAGAAGAGGAUAUCCCCAGAUAUGCUCGUCGGCUGGCGUUCCAGGAGGCUUUGCAUAAGGCGACUAUAUCCGGAGCCGACCCUCCCGUUUUUGAAGAAUCUUCUGAAGAUGAAGAGGGGAGGACGAUGCUGAGGCCCAGGAUGAAGAGGACAAUGAUCCUCCUGCCGCUUAGUUCCUUUGUUGUAUCCUGGCCGUGA